GAAACAAUCGCUCUGGAGAAACAGAUGAAAUCGGGUCGUAAAGUUAUACAGUGUCAUAUUUAUUACGUUAUUAUUUAUUCAGUGUGUUAUUUCCGUUAUAUUAUAGUUCACAAAUUAAAUGAAGUACGUAAAAUACUGCCAGGAAUCUGCUUGAAGAAAGCUAUUUUGAAGGGCCAACUACCGUUAUGACUUUUUCAGCUUUAUCAAAAUGCUAAUUUAAUAUACGUAAUACAAGACCACUAUUAUCAGAAAGUUACUGCCCAAAAGAUCACUUCAAACGCCGAAUUCCUUUGCAAUGCACCCAAAACUAUAUAUUAUUUUUCACUGUUGCACUUAUAAUUAAAUAUUGUUUCUGCGUUUGGAAGUUCUAUUUCCUUUAAAAUAUUAGUGUAAGCUUACUAUUUUUGACGAAAUUUUACAGAAACACGGUGAUGCCCAUAAUCGACAUACAAAUUACGGUAAUAUGCCAAAGUAAACAUAUUUUGUUUAUAAGGUAUUUGGUUUUUAAAGCGAUGGGAAAUGAAUAAAACAGAAUAUUUAAGAAAGGAAUGAAUUACAGCAAUAGCACUAAAAAUAUAUAUAACUUGAUCAUCGCAUCUGCUGGAAUAGAGAUUUGAUGUUUGGGUGGACUAAACCUCUGCUGGUCUUUUGAUUUUUUAGCAGCCCAUAAUUUCUAACAUCUGGUUUGGUAAAAUGCAAUUCAUUUUGUAAUUUGCCUGUCACUUGAUUUGAUGGUUAAAAAUCAGAUUGAUGGAGGGUAUUGAAGAUUACAGUGGUCAUGCUGAUAAAGUUUUGUCAGAUUUAAGAGAUGCUGUUGUAAAUGCUGAUGACAAGUUAAUCCAGUUGCAAAAGGAACUUGACAGCCUGGAAAGGAAAGCAUUAGAGAAAGACCAUGACUACGGACAUCACAAUAGUAAAAGUUCAGACUUGAAUGAUGACGACAUAUCAAAAUAUUUGGAAGACUAUUCUGAGGAAAAUACCAUAGAUGACAGCAUUCUGACAUCUCUGCGUUCAUCAGCAUCACUGAGUUAUGCCGCUGCAGCAACGAAACCAUUUGAAACAUAUCAGAGUCAAAGCAAACCUGCACCUGCCAAAUCCAUCAAUCAAUUUUCAACACCUGUAGAAAACAAUAAAACUAAUGAAAGUCAUUCCAAUAAAUCAAACGAGGAUGAAAUGAAUGAAAGAUGGGGUUGCCUGAGAAAUGUUUUAGCAGAAGACAAUUCAGGUCCUUUAUCAAGGGAUGAUAUGCUUAAGGAAGUUUUACAAGCAUCAACAAUGAAACAGACAAGUCCAUUGAAAAAUCGAUCAGAUACACCUGAGAAACGGUCAAUAACGAUGACUUCACCUAGAAGUUCAACUCCAAAAUAUUCUUUUUUGUAUCCAGAACUGUUUAAAGAAAGAGAAAAACAGCUUAAUGAAGCAAGGCCAGAAAGGAAAAGCAAAGACAAAUUUCUCCAUGCAGAGAGAGAACAUAGUCAAAAUGACAGGUUCUUUAAGCCGAUUCAGCAUGAAUUAUUAUCAUCUAGAAGUGAAGAAUCUUAUGUACAACCAUCACAUGCUGAAAUAGAAGCCAAAAUAGAGAAUAAAAGAUUACAAAAACUGUUAGAAGAUGAAAAAAAGAAAAAUAGCAAGCUAACGAGCAAGGUGUCAUCCCUUGAGAAAGAUCUUGAAGAACUUCAGUGUAAAAUUGAACUGAAAAAUCAUGAUCAAGUGACUGGAAAAAUUGCUGUCAUAGUUGAAGAGAUCCAGAAGGCUCAAAAGUUACGUGAAAAUGCAAUGAUGGAACGGUUAAAUAUUGCUGCACGAGAUAGAGAUGAAGCAUUAAUGAGAGCAAAAGCAAUGCAUAUGAAAAAUUUACAUUUGCAAAAGAAGGAUACUUUGAAUCCCCAUGGAAGUGAUAAGACUAUUGCAGAUAUUGUUGAUAAAAUUACAAUGGCAGAUUCCGCAACAGUCAUUGAAAAAUACGGAAGUAAACUAAUCGAGAGAAUAAAUAAUUUGAAAAAUGCAAAAGCUCGUAUCACAGCUGAAGAAAUGGCUGUUGUUAUGAAAGAGAGAGAUGAUGCCAUAGCUAAAAGUCACUCCCUUCAUCAGGAACUUCAAAAUUGUGUUGAAGAAUUGAAUAAUUUGAAAAAAUCUCAGAAUACUUCAGUCAAUACUACUUUAACAGCAAAGGUUCUGUCCACUCAAGAAGAAUGUGAACAAACUCAAGUUAAAUUGAGCGAUGCUGAAGAGGAAAUACAAAUGCUGAGAAUUUAUUACAGUUUGCACAAAUCCCUCACUCUUGCGCAAGAUCGAGAACUGGUAGAAAGAUAUCACAAAUAUCUGGGAAAUAUAAAAGAAGAUGCUAUAAAGAGAUCACAACAAACAAAAAAAGUUUUAUCUGAAAAUCAUCAAUUGCAUGAAAGCUUGGAGGAGGGUGAAAAAGAAAAUCAAAAUCUUCAAAAUGAAAAUUCAAAAUUGAAUCAAGAUCUAAAAUAUUUGCGAGAGAAAUGUGGGAAAUUGGAAAGGUUGGUAAAAGUUCUGCGUAGAAAACUCAUUUCACAAACGCAAGCUGUGUUAUUAAAUCAAGGGGGGACUGAAGAAGUUCAGCAGAAAGAAGAUUGAUUUUUUAUCAAUGAUGACAAAGCAUUAAUAUAAAAGAAAUGAAUGCACCAAGAGGAAAGUUCAAACUAAACUUUAUAAAAUAAUUCCAAAUACGAGUACCAAAUUGGAAGAAAAAAUUGAAAUGAUCUCAAAAUAAUAUUUUCAAUAGUGAACAUGUAUAUGGGUUUAUUAGACGAGUUACCAAGGUCAAUGUUGUUGUACAGUCUGUAUUCCAAAAGGCCCAUAAUGAAUACAUGUUUUACAAUAUUGAGAAUUUCAACUUAUACAAAGCUAUGACCUACUGGCUGAUCUGAUCCUACACCGAUCUUGAUUCAUUUAUCACUAUUCUUCAUUUAGGCUAGAAUAUACCUUUACACAAAAUACCUCUUGGUCAGCUUUUGUUUAGCUUUCUUGUUUAGCUUUCCUGAAAAUAUCACUAUAUAUAUCGCAGCCCAGGAGCCCUAUUCUAAGAGGAGACAAUUUAAAUAACAACUUGGAUACUCUGAAGAUUAUCUAACGUUUGUAUUUGGAAAUGAUUUCACAUUAGAGGCACAAAAUUAUUUCUAUACCUAACAAUAUAUUAAAAAAAUAUAUUCAGUAAAACUGUUACCUAUCAUUUUAGUAUUAUGCUGCUUACACUAUUGUUUUAUGUUCACUGUGUUGCCAAAUUUACCUGAUACUGUAUAAAAUGAACAUCACAAACCAAGUACUUGAAAAUCAGUGCAAUAUUGUGUUUUAAAAUAGUCAUGGUCUUUGCCAAUCCUUCAAUUGAAGUUUGAUUCUAUUGUAUUAUCAAAUUGUUACAUGAUCGUUUGAUAUUUUUAUAUUUAUUUCAUUUAACCUCUCUCGGUUUGCACAUAAUGUCUUUCAGUAUCAAUUCGAAGACUAAGAAAUAACACAUACUUUCAUCUUAUUUAUUGUUUGGUACAACUGACCGAUAUAAAAUCUGGUAUAACUGACUUCUAUCUUCUAGCGAUCCAUAAAAAACCUUAAGAUAAAUAAGAAUGGCAAAUAUAUUCACUUAAUAGCAAGUAUAUUUGUAAGCUUUCAUUGGAUCAUAGUCUAACUUUUUCAGACAAAACAAGAUAUAACCUAAUCAAACAACGAAAUUCUUCACUAGCUUUUCUGUUUAUUAUUGCAUACAGUAUUUUAAAGCUUCUUAUGUUAGCAUAAUUGUUUGCCAAUUCCAUUGAUUGUCUUUAAUGUUUCUGAUUUUGAUUAUUCGUCAAAGCAAUUGAAUAUUCGUGUGCUAUUUAUGACUUGAUUUUUGGUGUAAUUAUUAAGAAAAAACCUGUUAUUCAAUUCAUUCAAACUAAUAUUCGUAUGUCUGUAAUAUUAGGUAAGAAUUAGGCACUGUUCUCUUUGGUGGUCAUUGUAAUCUAUAGGGGUAUUUAUUCUCAAAACGUUAUUUCAUUUUACUUCAAAGCAAAUAAUUUUAUAAAUUGUGUUUCAACAAAUCAAACUAAAUAUUUAUAAUAACUCAACGUUGUGUAAUCAUAGUAAAUGAUAAUCAAUAAAAUAUAUGCAUGCACAACCAGUGACGUUUCUAGGGGGUGGCAGUCAUCGGUGCCGAUUGAAUUGGGCUGCAAGAGAGGUGAAAAUUUUUAA